AUGUUUUGCUCAUGUGUUAAGCCAAAGGUGCAUCCUUGUGAGAAGGAUUACGACUGUGCUAAAGUCAUAUGGGAUUAUAUGAGUAUGGGGCACGCGCUAAAAAAGGCUGACCUCAUUCUUGGCUUGGGUAAUCAGGACUUACGAACAGCCGAGCACGCGGCUGAGCUGUACCUGUCCGGCAUGGGCGAUAAGCUCAUGUUUUCCGGCAAGGUGGGAGCUUGGACCCACGGAAUGUGGGAUAAACCCGAAGCAGAGGUUUUCAAGGAUGUCGCUGUCAAAAUGGGGGUGCCCGAAGAGAAGAUUAUUUUAGAGAAGGAAGCCACUAACACAGGAGAAAACAUUCGGUUGUCUUAUGAGCUGCUGCGAGAAAUGGAGGAAAUCCCGCGGGUCCUGAUCAUCGUACAGGCGCCGUUCAUGGAGCGAAGGUCCUACGCAACGUUCAUGAAACAAUGGCCUCUCGACCACAUGGACAUCCCGGAAACGCACGUGGUCUUCUCCUCGCCCAAUAUACCGUUACCUCAUUACACGGACGAAAAUAUAGACGAUUUCCAAGAAACAGUCGCCAAAUUACUGAUCACGCUAAAAAAAAUUAAAGAAUAUCCUGCAAAGAAUUUCCAAAUACCCCAAACUAUACCAUGCCGUGUGAGAAAAGCAUACGAUUACCUGAAAAACUUUGAGCAGUACAAUAAAUACAUUCGCUGA